UGAAACGUGUAGCACACGCAUGAUAAAAUAUCUUUAGGUUUGCAUUGAUUAAAGACAUGAGAUUAAGGUAUCAGCUAAGUGGUUUGAAAGUAUAGACAAGUGACUUUUUGUUAGGCUGAAAAAAAGUAAAGUCAAACAUGUCCGACGAUGAUGAAGAACCUGCCCUACACUUUCAACCAACAAAACCUGUGGUUUACGGAAGCUUGGAAGAAAAAGAAAGGCAGCGACUGGCUAACAUUAAGACUUCAGGGUCUUUAGCCAGUGAUGCAAUUGAAGCAGGAAAAGCAGCAGGCAAUAUUGUUAUAAAUGAUGGGUCCAGAUAUGAGAUUAGCGAUCAUGUAGACCAGUCAGAAUUGUUGGCAGAGCUAGAGAGGAGGAAGAAGGCUCGUCACAUCCAUGUGUCUACAGAUGAUGCAGAAGUGAAGGCAAGUCUUCGUCAGCUGGGAGAGCCCAUAUGCCUGUUUGGAGAGGGCCCAGCAGACAGAAGGGAGAGACUAAAGAAAUUACUCUCACAAAUUGGUGAGGAUGCUCUCAAACAAAAGAAAAAGGAAGAAAUUGAACUGAAAAAGAAAAAGGCAGAGGAAAAUAUUACCUGGUACCAUGAAGGUUCUGAGAGUUUGAAGGAGGCUCGCUACUGGAUAGCUCAGUACUCUAUACCAAGGGCCAAAAAAAGACUGGCAGUUCAGAGGCAGACAAAAUUUAUUCCUACUACACAAAAAAAUGCUAAGACCCAGGAUAUACAGAAACGCGUUGGUGCUAUAUCCAAUGAAUGUAGUCAGAUUGGAGAUAAUCGUCCGCUGUCUUUCUGUAACUUCAGUCCAGAUGGGAAGAUACUGGCAGUAUCCUCAUGGUCUGGACUUUGUAAGCUGUGGUCAAUACCUGACUGUGGGCUGAUAAGACAACUCAGAGGACAUAAUGGUAACGUAGGAGCUAUAGUUUUCCAUCCUCAAGCCACUAUCUCACUUGAUGAAAAAGCCUGCUGUAUGGCUUCAUGUGGUCAAGAUGGAUCAGUAAAGCUGUGGAAUCUUGUUAGUGAGGAGCCAAUGGCAGAUAUUGAAGGCCACGCCCCCUACAGAGUGUCACGUCUGGCCUAUCAUCCCUCUGGACGCUUCCUUGGAACAUGCUGUUUUGACAAUUCUUGGAGACUGUGGGACCUAGAAGCUCAGGAAGAGAUUCUUCACCAGGAGGGGCACAGUAAAGCAGUGUAUGACAUAGCCUUUCAGAGGGAUGGUGCUCUGUCUGUCACUGGGGGAAUGGACGGAUUUGGACGAGUUUGGGAUCUGCGUACUGGGCGCUGUAUCAUGUUUAUGGAGGGUCAUUUGAAAAGUGUGCUGGGUGUUGAUUUCUCUCCGGAUGGUUAUCACAUUGCAACAGGCAGUGAGGACAACACAGCUAAAAUCUGGGAUCUCCGCCAACACAAGUGUAUCUAUACCAUUCCCGCCCACACCAACCUGGUCUCUAAGGUCAAGUUCCAACCUGAAGAGUCCAGUUACCUGGUUACAUCUUCAUAUGACUGUACAUCAAAGGUCUGGGCCCAUCCUACCUGGGCACCUCUGAAGACACUGGCAGGGCAUGAGGGUAAAGUAAUGGCAAUUGACAUCUCACCUGACCGCAAGUAUAUAGCCUCUGUGUCAUAUGACAGAACAUUCAAACUAUGGGCCUCAGAUAAUCAGGGAGGACUGUAGGCCAUAUUCUGUGUUACCCUCAGUUAACCAGGGAGGACUGUAGGCUUUAUUGUGUGCUUUAUCCUCAGUUAACCAGGGAGGACUGUAGGCCAUAUUCUGUGUUACCCUCAGUUAACCAGGGAGGACUGUAGGCUUUAUUGUGUGCUUUAUCCUCAGUUAACCAGGGAGGACUGUAGGCCAUAUUUUGUGUAACAAAGGAAUAAGCAAGAAGAAAUGUAGGAUGUACUCUGUGUGUUUUCCUUGGUUAACCAGGGAAAUUGUAGGACAUAUACAGAGUUUUCCUCAGUUAUUGAUGGAGGAUUGUAGGCUGUAUACCGAGGUUUCCUCAGUUAACCAGGGAGAAUGGUAGGCUGUAUUGUGUGCAUUAUCCUCAGUUAACCAGGGAGGAUUGUAAGCCAUAUGUUGAGUUUCCCUCAAAUAACCAGGUAGGAGUGUAGGUGGUACUAAGUGUGUUACUCUUGGAUAACCAGGUAGAACUGUAGGCUGUAAUGUGUGUUACUCUUAGUUAACCAGGGAGGAAUGUAUUGUAUGUGUUAUACUUGACUAUAGCCUGUACUGUGUCUGUUAUCCUUGGUUAACCAGGGAGGACUGUAGGAUAUACUGUGUGUGUUAUCCUUGGUUAACCAGGGAGGACUGUAGGCUAUACUGUGUGUGUUAUCCUUGCUUAACCAGGGAGGACUGUAAGCUAUACUGUGUGUGGUAUCCUCAGUUAACCAGGCAGGACUGUAGACUGUACUGUGUGUGUUAUCCUUGGUUAACCAGGGAGGACUGUAGGCUGUAUACAGAGUUUCCCACCGUUAACCAGACAGAACUAUUAGGCUGUACUGUGUGAGGUAUCCUCAGUUAAUUUGGGAGGACUGUAGACUGUACUGUGUGUGUUAUCCUUGGUUAACCAGGGAGGACUGUAGGCUAUACUGUGUGUGUUAUCCUCAGUUAACCAGGGAGGACUGUAGACUACUGUGUGUGUUAUCCUCAGUUAACCAGGCAGGACUGUAGACUGUACUGUGUGUGUUAUCCUUGGUUAACCAGGGAGGACUGUAGGCUAUACUGUGUGUGUUAUCCUCAGUUAACCAGGGAGGACUGUAGACUACUGUGUGUGUUAUCCUCAGUUAAUCUGGGAGGACUGUAGACUGUACUGUGUGUGUUAUCCUCAGUUAACCAGGGAGGACUGUAGGCUAUACUGUGUGUGUUGUCUUUGGUUAACCAGGGAGGACUGUAGGCUGUACUGUGUGUGUAAUCUUUGGUUAACCAGGGAGGACUGUAGGCUGUACUGUGUGUGUUAUCCUUGGUUAACCAGGGAGGACUGUAGGUUAUACUGUGUGUGUUGUCUUUGGUUAACCAGGGAGGACUGUAGACUGUACUGUGUGUAUUAUCUUUGGUUAACCAGGGAGGACUGUAGACUGUACUGUGUGUGUUAUCCUCAGUUAACCAGGGAGGACUGUAGACUGUACUGUGUGUGUUAUCCUUGGUUAACCAGGGAGGACUGUAGACUGUACUGUGUGUUGUCUUUGGUUAACCAGGGAAGACUGUAGACUGUACUGUGUGUGUUAUCCUUGGUUAACCAGGGAGAACUAUUAGGCUGUACUGUGUGUUGUCUUUGGUUAACCAGGGAGGACUGUAGGCUGUACUGUGUGUGUUAUCAUCAGUUAAGCAGGGAGGACUGUAGACUGUACUGUGUGUGUUAUUCUCAGUUAACCAGGGAGGGCUGUAGACUGUACUGUGUGUGUUAUCCUUGGUUAACCAGGGAGGACUGUAUGCUGUACUGUGUGUGUUAUCCUCAGUUAACCAGGGAGGACUGUAGACUGUACUGUGUGUGUUAUCCUCAGUUAACCAGGGAGGACUGUAGACUGUACUGUGUGUGUAAUCUUUGGUUAACCAGGGAGGACUGUAGGCUGUAUACAGAGUUUCCCACAGUUAACCAGGGAGAACUAUUAGGCUGUACUGUGUGUGGUAUCCUCAGUUAAUCUGGGAGGACUGUAGGCUUCACUGAAUGUGUUACCAUUGGUGAACCAGAGAGGAUUGAAGGCCUUACUCUUUUUGUUACCCUAGUUAACCAGUAAGGACUGUAGAUCAUACUCGCGUGGGUUAAUGGUCUUGCAGUCUGUUAUAUUAGGAUAUAAAAUUCCAACAUAUAUACUGGACCUCUGUAACACAAUUUGAAUCAGUUGACAAGACAGUAAUACAUAAUGUCAGUAAACAAUCAUUGUCAUUGAUAUUUGGAUUCACUUUCACUUUUUUGUGGUUUAUCAUGAUCAUUGUACUGUUACCAAAUUAUCUGUGUGUAUGACAAUUUUAUAUUUUUCCAAGUGUUGGUUGAGGACAUCUUUUAUGUUAUAAUGUACAAAAGUAAGUUUAAUAUGUUAGAGAUAUGGAUGAUGUUAAGAGUACAAGUGAACAGAUGUUAAGGGAACAUAAUCACAUGAAUGAUUUACACUUUGUAAUAUUUACAUCAUUGACAACUAAAUAAAU